AUGUCAAACAUUAAAAUUCUUUGCGCUGGUAACCCAUUACUCGACCUUUCAACACAUGUCGAAAUGGCCAUCUUAGAUAAAUAUGAAUUAAAGCUUGGUAAUGCUAUCUUAGCUGAAGACAAACAUUUACCACUUUAUGGUGAAAUUAAAAGUGGUAAAGUUGAAUAUAUUCCAGGUGGUGCUGCACAAAAUACAUCACGUGUUUGUCAAUGGAUGUUAAAAGAUAAACAAACCGUUUGUUACACUGGUUGUGUUGGUACUGAUGAAAAUGCCACCAUUUUAAAGACUGCCACCGAAUCCAAUGGUGUUGUCACUAAAUACCAAGUUGACAGCUCAGCUCCAACUGGUGCAUGUGCAGUUUUAAUUAACCACAAAGAAAGAUCAAUGGUUACCAAUUUAGGUGCUGCCAACAAUUUCAAAAUCGCUCACUUCCAAACUGAAGAAAUGAAAGCAAUUGUCAACUCUGCUCAAUUCUUUUAUUUAGUUGGUUACUUUUUAACCGUUUCACCAGACUCUGCUGUUCACUUGGGUAAACACGCCGCUGAAAAUGAUAAACCAUUCCUCUACGGUUUAGCCGCUCCAUUCUUAAUUGAUUUCUUCUUUGAUAAAGUUUCUGAACUCCUCCCAUACGUUGAUAUCGUUUUUGCCAAUGAAAGUGAAGCCGCCACUCUUGGUCGUAAAAUGAACUGGGGUGAAGAUUUAACCGUCAUCGCUGAAAAAUUAGCCGCUUGGGAAAAAGUUAACACCAAACGUACUCGUACCGUCGUUUUCACCCAAGGUCCAGAUGCCACUCUUGUCUUCCAAAAUGGUGUUUUAACAAAAUACAACCCAAUCAAAGUUGCCACUGAAGAUAUCCUCGAUUUAAACGCUGCUGGUGAUUCAUUCUGUGGUGGUUUCCUUGCCGCUUACUCCAAUGGUCAAGAAAUCGCCAAAUGUGUCGAAGCUGGUCACUAUGCCUCUUGGGAAAUUAUUAGACAAAAUGGUGCCACCGUCCCAGCCAGUGAACCAAAAAUCCAAUUCUAA